CUGAGGCGGCAGCAGCGGCGGGUGAAGCGAGGGUGGGAAGGGUGGAUCGGGGCGCCGGGCUCCUCCACAGCGCGCUGCCCACGGGGGGGCCGCCCCUGCCCGGGCUCAUGGAGGCGGUGCGGAGCUGCAACGGCUACGCGCGGCAGGAGAAACCGCCGCCCUCUGCGUCGGCGGGAACCGAGAAGCCGCGCGUCCCCCACGGCGGGGACAGCGGGGACGGGUGGCGGGGCGAGCGGCCCCGCAGCGAGGAGGACAACGAGCUGAGCCUGCCCAGCCUGGCGGCGGCGUACACCACCAUCCUGCGCUCGCUGGGCGAGGACCCCGAGCGGCAGGGGCUGCUGAAGACACCCUGGAGGGCGGCCACCGCCAUGCAGUUCUUCACCAAGGGCUACCAGGAGACCAUCUCGGAUGUUCUGAAUGAUGCCAUCUUUGAUGAAGAUCACGAUGAAAUGGUAAUUGUGAAGGACAUAGACAUGUUCUCAUUGUGUGAGCAUCACCUCGUUCCAUUUGUUGGAAAGGUACAUAUUGGCUACCUUCCUAACAAGCAAGUACUUGGCCUCAGCAAGCUUGCUAGGAUUGUGGAAAUAUACAGUAGAAGACUACAAGUCCAGGAGCGCCUUACCAAACAAAUCGCAAUAGCCAUCACAGAAGCCUUACAGCCCGCAGGGGUCGGAGUGGUUAUCGAAGCCACGCACAUGUGUAUGGUGAUGCGCGGGGUACAGAAAAUGAACAGUAAAACAGUAACCAGCACGAUGCUGGGGGUAUUCCGGGAAGAUCCAAAGACUCGUGAGGAAUUCUUGACGCUCAUCAGGAGCUGAAACUGUGUUCUUCUCUAAAUGCACUCUGGAGAUUGUUCUGUCCAGUGUCACUGUCUGUUCUUACUUGUUUCAUACACUUUUAAACUAAAUUGUUGUGAGUUGUUGUCGUAGUCUUUGUGCAGGUAAAGACUUCUGAUGGCAAAUGAAUAAAUGUAAUAAGGUGGGCUCCUCCUGGAUUUCCAGUGGUGCUGACAUCACGGAAUUACAAGCUACGAAUGGGAAUGUUUUUUCCAUCUACAAUGCAGAAUAUACUGCUGUUAGGAGAAAAGCAGGGCUUGGGAGUGAUGUGGAUAUUUAUGAAAUAAUUAUGUUUAUUAGAAUAAAUGCAGAGCAGCACAGGAACCAGUUAAAGGUUGUGGAUCCUUGUAGGACCACUGAUGCUGCGAACACUGUACCUCUGCUGAAAAUGAUGGCCCUGAAGUGUUUUAUUACAAGUCCUGCAGUGGCUGUUUCAAUAUCUGGAUAUGUAUGUUAUACCUCUUGGAGAUGUUACCUCUGGUGGUGUUUUAUAUAUUUGCUAGUAUAAACCCUCCUUUUUUUGGUGUGUUUGUUUUUGUUUGUUUGAGAAAUUUAAAGAAAACAUUUUUCCUAACUUCUUAACACAUAGGGAAUUAACUUCUAAAUUAUUUGAGACAGUCUUAUCUCAGUAUAAAGAGUUUUAUGCACCUUUUUCUCUGUGCCUCGGAAUGUCCGACCACUUCAACUGUCAGUCUCGUACCAUUUUUAAGCAAACUUUUAACAGAGGGGAGGAAAAACACCCCAGUGUCUGUCUGCAAAGUGCUAAGAUAUCCAAAGAGGUUUUUAAUGUUAUUUAUAUGUUGAGCUUUCCUUCUCGGUUUUCCGUGGGUUAGACUGAGGAGCUAAAAUGAGUCCGAUAAUCUGAAAAUGAAGAUUUCUCUUCGAGCGUCUCAUAAAUGCUGCACCAAAGGUGAGCGCUGCAAUCCUGACCAUGACACACUGUACCUCUCCGGUCAUUUUGGGGCAAAGUAACCUGAAAUGACAACAGCUUAUUUCAUAAGAGCAAUUGAGAAAAGCCAAUUUCCAGGGCCAUCAAAAUGAAUUAAAUGCCAGGGUCUUUUUCUGUGUAUGUGGCAACCUCUGUAUGUGGGUACAAAAAGUUUGUCCGCUGGACUUGGCUGGACUUCUUAUACUUUGUUACAAUUUUAAUGGGUGUUUUGUAACUCUUAAUUGGGAAAACAUGAGGCGCAAAUGAAAACCACCCUUCUCAAACUAAGCACAGGAGGCAAAAAAAAUAAGAUGCCAGCGUGUUGGACAGUUGAGGUUCCCAUAGUUGUAUGUGCUGCUUUGGCGAUGAAUCCAAGAGGUUCUGCACGUUAACCGAAAAGGUGGCUCCUGGUCUGGCAAGGUCCAUCGUACCAACAUUUGUCUCUUGCUUCAACCCACGCUGGAAAUGAAAUUAAAAUCAUGUCUGGUCAAAUUUCCAUUGGGCCUAAAGAACUUUAAAGAACAACCACCUCGUGUGUUUAAUUACACUUUUACCUUGGUGACCUUCACACCGUUAUUGGAACAACCUUGUUAUAAAAUCCUCUGUCCUGGAUUCCUUAGAGUUAGGUGCUAUAAAAGCGUUUGGAGUAAACAAGGUCCGUGUUGCACAUUUAUAGACUGCACUAACUCUAUGGCAUUUAUUUUCCUUAAAUGAUUGAGAGCAGAUUUUGCCAUUUCUCAGUUCCGUACGUGUAUCCAGCUGAAAAGCCUUAAAUCUUUCUUGCCUGAAGUUCAGAGUAAGACUCUUUUCUCUUUUUAGCUCAACAACCAUAAGGAGAAUUAGAGGACCAAAGGGGCACACACUGGUACAUUUGUUUCACUUUCCUCGCUUGAAGUUUGGAAAUUAAAUCUCUGUAAAACCCUGUCUUGCUCCUGAGGUAACAGAAAGUUGUGUUUUAACCACUUAUCUCUAUUCAGGAUAAAGUUCGCAUUGCACCACCACUUCUUUUAAUUUCCAUGUGACCUGUAGUCCUUAAAACAUACCUCUCUAUACUCGUGGCCUUGGAUUUUGUUCAUGUUUUUGUUGUUGUAAGACUUGGUGCAUUUUUUUUUGAACAUUAGUAUGUUCAAAUACACGAGCUUUACACCCAGUGUGUAUAUAUGUAUAGUACGUCCACCCUGCUGUUGUACCAUGUAGAAGUCUGUUGUCUCUAUACCAUUAAAGCACAGUUUUAUCCUUUGGA